ACAAGUUUACUCUUUGGCUGACACGCAACAGUCAAAUUUCAGUUUUUUUAGAGAUUUAGGAGGGACCCUACUUUUCAGAUUGUGAUGAAGGUAGCAAUUGUGGCUUGGCGAUAUCCAUACUUAUUUGAUCACAGUUGAAAAAACCCAAACUGCGUUUCCCAGGAAAAACUGCAUGUCUGCAGCAACUGCUUGGAUUAUUUCUUCCGAUUCAACGUUGUGUCUAAGGUGUUGAAGUGAACAAUGAAACAACGACAGACCAACGAUUAAUCUCCAUCGAAGCAAUUUAAACUGACAAGAAUCUGUGCAAGUUUUAGUUGCAACUCUUACCAUACUGAGGUGUUGAUUUUACCCCUUGUUUCUCAAAAGGAUUACCAAGCUGAACUCAGGAAGUUUUUCGAAAAACCCUUGAACGCGAGUUAUCGAAUCAAGCUGACGUAAACAAUUUCCUCAUUGUGGCUGUAGAUCAAAGAAACGAAUGUCAUGAGCGCCAACAGCAACUCUAGUUCGAAUCCGCCAGACAAGUUCGACACCACUCAUAUCGCCCUGUCGUGUACAUUUGUAGUGUUGAUAAUUCUUUUAGCUAUCGUGGGCAACACAUGUGUCAUCCUGGCAUUUAAAAGAUUCCGUCGACUUCGUCGUGUCACAAACUACUUUGUUGUUUCACUGGCUCUAACAGAUAUUCUGGUGGCUGUGAUAUCUAUGCCAGUGUGGGCAGCUUACAUAAUAUCUGGUCCAUCGUUGUUUAUACAAAGGCAGUUGAUACAAAUACUGUGGACCUCGACAGACAUCAUGGUCAGUGUGGCUUCAAUAUGGCACUUAACUUUUGUCAGUAUCGACCGUUACAUAUGUAUAACGGGACCGCUGUAUUAUCAUACACGUAUGACCAGCAAGCGGGCUAUAUUGACGCUUGGGACCAUAUGGUGCUACUCAAUCGUAGUGGCCUCUUUAGCGCCUACUUUCUGGGAGUUGGAUCUCUACACCUUGAUGAUGGUUGUGCUGAAUUAUGCAGUCCCUGUCAUUAUAAUCCUCUUUGCAUACCUGAAUAUCUUCAGAGCUGCUCGUUAUCAAGGAAAACAAAUCGAGUUGACCAUCAAUGGAAAGGAAAGGCGUUUUUCAAUUAGCGCCGAGGUAAAGGCAGCAAAGACGCUUGGAGUGGUGAUUGGCGCUUUCAUCAUUUGUUGGUCUCCUUUUUUCGCGCUUAACUUAAACUACUACAUCUGCCAUUGUCCCCCACCCCCUCUAGUUGUUUCAGUUGCCAAGUGGAUGCAUUUUGGAAAUUCCAUGCUCAAUCCUCUUAUCUACGGAGUAAUGAACAAGGAUUUCAGAAACGCCUUCAAGAGUCUAUUUACAGACCAUUUUCAGAAAGCUUCUGGGUUGAAAGGCCGCAGCAUGGGGACAAAUGCAGAUCAAAACAGCCGUGGAAGCAACGAAGAAGAAGACAAGAUUCAUUUGCAGAGUGACACAGGACUAUAGCUUGAAUUACGUUGUUAUUGUUUUAUAUCGAGUGAAAGUGUGAUUUUGCAUUGACCAUCAUCUACAAAAAAAAUUCGAUAUUUUCCACCAAUGUUGCAUUCUGGGUUAAGGGCACGCUUAGAACUGUUCGAGUAAAUUUCAUUACAAUUGUAUAAGUGUACUUUCGAAGUCUCCAAUCGAAAAAAAAAUGAAUAACCCCUUGAAAGAACAGUUGAGUAUGUCAAAAGGUGCCUUUUAUUUACUUCGAGGAACGAAAAUAUGUAACAAUAGCAUCACUUAGAGGCUCCACCCGCAUCUUUCAAAUAAUAUUUUACUAAUAAUAAAAAAUAUAUUAUUGUGCUCCUCAUAGUAAAAUAUUUUCCCGUCUUAAGGGGAAUCAGUCGUUCAACAUGACAACCCCAUCUUGUUUUAUAGCAGUCGUAUUUACUUUAGUAUGAUCGUCAAAUUACGAGGUAGAGAUAUUUAUAAUGUUCUCAGUGUUUUAUCAAUGACAAGUUGUGUUUGCCAAUAUACUUGAUGCAAUCCUUGACGUCUAACAGCUCGUAGAUCUUUAUAGUCACUUAAUAAAAGGCCGUUGUACAAGUUGUUGAGUCAAGGAAUUCAACCAUCGAGAAAGUUGUUAAGACAUUUGUGGUGUAUUUAAUACUGACAUUAACAGUGUGUAAAACUCCGGGUUACAGCUCACACAUGGCAGGAAAACUCAACUAACUCAAUCGCACACAACCUUCUAGUCACGUGACGACUCUACUAGUCCCAGGACCCCACAACAUUUCAGUAGAACUAGAACACUUCAGAGGCUCUUUUGUUUGCCCUCGUUGGUGAAAAAUCAAAGGUGUCGUCAAAUUUAAGCAAG